AUGCUCACGAUAAAAUAUCCUUCUACGAAUCAACAAUCAAUUCCCGAAUCUCAAACUCAACAAGAAUUAUUGACAUUAUUAAAUACAGAUUUCAAUUAUUCGUAUCAACAAAAUAUAACGGAAUAUCUUCCAAAGGAGAUAACGGAUAAUUCAAUGGAUGAAAACAUAUGCGAACUUCUUGAUUUUUAUGGACAAGUGUCCCCAUUUAAUAAAAAUGAUUUUCAUUCUCAGUUUUCUAUAGAUGAUGAUCAACCAAAUUCAUUUGAUAUGAUAAAAUCAUUCACACCAUUAUCAAUUCUUGAUACUUCUGGUGAAAAUGCAAAUACAAUGGAUACACCUGACUUCGUAAGCAAAAAUCCAAUUAAAAUGAUAGAUGAGAAUACUCUUACAGUUACUGUACAACAGCAAUUGCAACAAAUGGAUAAACAACAUGACCAUUUGAUAAAUACUACAUCUUCGAUACCAACUAUUUUAUUUCAAAAUCAAUCAAACGAAAUAACAGAGAAGUCCUAUAUUUCUCAUUCUUUGCCAACAUCUCCAAAUCUCGCUGAAUAUUCUGAACUAGUGACAUCCUCAAAAACACCAUCACAGUUAAUUGAUAUUACUGAAUGGCAAGUAGUAGAUGAUAUAACAAAACGUAAACGACGACCUCACUUGCACGAAUUUCUAAGACAAUUGCUUGAUAAACCAUCAUACCAUCAUUUAGCAACCUAUACUGAUAGAAAUGCAGGCAUAUUUAAAUUUCAUCAGCCACAUGUUAUUGCUAAAUUAUGGAAAUACGUCAAGGGUAGGAAUAGUGGAAACGAUAUGACCUACGAUAAAUUAGCCAGAGCUAUUCGAUAUUAUUAUCCUCAAGGUAUAAUUAAUUCCAGUCCCGGACGAUUUACCUUCCGAUUUGGGACAAAAUCGGGUUUUGGUGAUACUUGGAAACCAUCGAACUAG